GUGAGUUCAAAUUGAAAGACCAAUUUUUAUGAGGAUGUUUGUGUGCUUAGCUGCACUUAGGGAUGGAUUCAUUUCUGGUUGCAGACCAGUAAUUGGGGUGGAUGGGUGCCAUCUAAAAGGGGCAUACCCUGGGCAGAUCUUGGUUGCAGUUGGAAAAGAUGGCAAUAAUGCCAUCUUCCCAAUUGCUUGGGCAACUGCAGAGAUUGAGAACAAGGACAGCUGGUGCUGGUUUCUGGAGAGCUUGCUCAAGGCACUUUGUGUGUAUGACCAAGGAGAUGGCUUGACUUUUAUGUCUGACAGACAGAAAGGUCUCAUAGAAGCAUUUGCAGAUGUGGCCCCCAAGCUGAGCUCAGAUUUUUUUGAGUUUGAAGUUGCUAUGGAAAGUAUCAAUUUUUUGGAUGAAGAAGCAUACCAGUGGCUGUCAAACAUUGACCCCCAGCAUUGGUCAAGGCAUGCUUUCUCUACAAACUGCAAGUCUAACAUGUUGUUAAACAACAUGUGUGAGACAUUUAAUGCAGUGAUUAGAGAUGCCAGAGACAAGCCUAUUCUAACUCAAAUGGAAUGGCUUAGAAGAUAUAUGAUGAAGAGGAGUAAUGACAAAUGGGAGGCAGCAAAGUCUUGGGAAGGUUUACUAACCCCAUUUGUCAACAAAGUCUUUGAUGGGUUGGAGAAGUAUGCCAUGACAUGUGAGGUUACAGCUUCAAGGGAUGAAAUUUAUGAGGUGAAAUACAAGGAUGAUCAGUGCAUUGUGAAUCUGCAAGAGAGAAAAUGCACUUGUUAUAGAUGGGAGUUGACAGGAAUACCUUGUGUCCAUGCAUUUGCUUGCAUAAUGGACAAAAGGGAUGAUCCUGAGUUGUAUGUGCACCCACAUUACUAUAGGGUGACAUACUUGGCUGCAUAUGAGAACCCAAUACAGCCAAUGCCUGGCCCUAAGAAUUGGGAAAAGGUCAAGCUCAGACAGCCUUUGCCACCUAUGCUGAAAGUGCAACCAGGAAGACAUAAGGCAAAAAAGAGAAAGCUUGAACCAGGGGAGGGCACUUCUGCAGCACCUGAGGGCAAGAAGCCAAAGGUGAAGAAACAAUGCAAGAACUGUGGUGGGUUUGGCCACUUUGCCAAAAUAUGCAAGGCUGAAGCAGCACCAGAACAGCCUAACCCACCUGCAACAAAUCCAAAGGGUGGGAGGCCACAGAUGCAGACUCCUUGGCUUAAGGAACAAAGAAAGAAAAGUGAAGAGAAAGCAGCAAGACAAGUUGCACUGAAGUUGCCACAAUAUCAGCCUCCAACAACAGCACAGGCUGGGUCAAGUAAUGCUGCACCUGCAACUGCUGUGUCAAGCCAGCCUGCAACAAGAACAGAGCCUUUGCCAACUCAGCCUGUUACCAGGAGCAACAGGAGCCUGAGUCAGCCCACAAGAGUGCCAACAACUACUCCUCCCAAAGUCAAAAUACAGACCAGGUCCAAGCUUCAUGUAAUGACAAGCAAGAAGGACAAGGAUCUCAAUCAACUGUGA